AUGGCAAGACUAAUGAAGCUACAAGCCGGCAUAAAUCUGGAAAUGUACAAUAAGGAAGCAUCAGACAUCAACUACGAAUUACUGAUAAUAAAACCUUACGCGCCACCGGAUCAGAAAAUAGUAAAAACCGUAGCAGAAAAAAUCGGAGAGCUGCUCAAAUAUUUGAAGAAAGUGGACGGAGAGUUGCUUUUAACAGGCGAUUUUAAUGCUAGGCACCCGCUGUGGGAGGAAGAGGCAAGACCAUGUGAGAAAGCAAAGACGAUCGUACAGGAGCUAGAUGCAUCGAAACUGAUCCUGCUAAAUAAUGGCCAAACAACCACCAUACCCCGAAUUAACUGCGCACCCACAGCUAUUGACCUGUCAUUCGCAACAAGGGAAAUCGCAGCACAUGCUUCUUGGGAAGUGGUACAAGAAGAGUUCGGCAGCACACAUCUCUGCAUCAUAAUCGAAAUCACGCUGGAAGCGCCAGUCGUCGUAGGUCUAAAGCCAAAGACAGCGACAACAAAAAAAAAAAAAAACAACGGCCGACAAAUCCCUGCCAUUGGACUUGGAACGUACAAAAGUACCGGAGAUGACGGAAUAGCUACAGUAAAAGCGGUUAAAGCUGCAAUCGAUGCUGGAUAUCGACUGUUUGAUACAACUUAUGUCCAUGGAAAUGAAUCGAUCGUCGGUCAAGCAAUUCGAGAAAUGGUUUCCGAAAGAAAAGUGAAACGCGAAGAAUUGAUCCUUGUAUCCAAACUGGAUCCGCGCUAUCAUCACCCAGAAAGAGUCGAGGAAAGUUGCCGGCGGUCAAUGAAUCAGUUAGGAUUGGAUUAUAUCGACUUGUACCUUUUGCAUACACCGCUUUCUUUGGAAUAUAAGAGUAGUGCUGCGAGGCAGGAAUCAGGUAAUCACAAGGAAAUUGAUAAUUCCGUGGUACCCUUGGACACGUGGCGAGCAUUGGAGAAAUGUCAGUGGAAGGGGUUGGUUUGUUCGAUCGGAGUUUCCAAUUUCAGCAUACAACAAAUACAAACGAUUCUUGAUAAUGGCGUAAUUCGACCGACGGUUAACCUGGUCGAAUGUUCGAUGGGUUUUAAUCAGGCUGAGAUGAGGAGCUAUUGCGAGGAGCAUCGGAUUCUUAUAAUGGGUUACAGUCCACUAGGCAAACCAAAGCCACUGGAAAUGAAGCCUGCUUAUCUGUAUUCGGAUGGACUGAAAACAAUUGCUUCGAAAUAUGGAAAAUCAGUUGAACAAAUUGCCUUACGAUAUUUGAUAGAAAUUGGAACUGUUCCAUUACCGAAAUCGAAACGUUAUGUCCGAUUGAAGGAGAACUUGGACGUGUUAAAUUUUAAGCUAACUCAGAGCGAUCUUCAGGUGCUGGAAUCAGUAGAAUUAAAAUGAUAUGCCCAUUUGGAGUACCUCAAGGGAUCAAAACAUUAUACUUUGAAACCAUAGGUCGUAAUUUUGGUUGGUUGGACCAGAUACCCGGAUGCACACAUUGACACAGAUUUUUCAUGAGGGCAUAAGUCGCAAUGUAC